AUGGCCUCUGCUGUUUGGCUUCUAUUCCAUACAUUUCUACUUUCUUUCAGCUUAACGACGGAUUUUCUUCUUUUCUGCAACGCUGAUCCCACCGAUGGUUUUGUUCCUUUGCCCUUAUCUGAUGAAAAUUUUAAAAUACAGAGGCCAUACGAUGUACCUUUAGCAGACCGCUACAGCUUUGUUUAUGGCGUGCACCGCAUGUGGGUCUACUCCACUGACAAGCCGUUUGAAGUUGGAAACCAAACACCUCCACGAACUGAGAUUCGUUUCAUGCAUUUGGAUUAUUCUAGCGGAAUAUGGCAGUUUGAGGGGCAUACUUUUGUGCCAAAUGGAACUACUGGCACGGCUAUCAUGAAAAUUCUCCGAGCAAAGGGAGAGAAUCCAGGAACAGAUUUGGUACUAAUGGUUUAUAAUGGUGAAUUGAGGUUCUACUUUGAUCAACAAGUGGAGCCUAAUAUUUACAAUAGAUGGGUAAGAGUGAAUGUGAUACAUGAUGCUGAUGCUAAUAAGGUGAGUACUUUCAUUAAUGGUGUUAAAAAGCAAGAAGCAGAUGGAAAAGGUCCAAGUCAUUUUUAUUUCAAGUGUGGUGUUUAUGGACAAGUAAAUGAGAGCAACUAUAUGGAGUCAAGAUGGAGGGAUAUCAAGAUUUAUAAGAAGGAAACUUACAAUAACGGUGGGCGCAUGACACAAUCUAAUAAUCUGAUGAUAUAUAUAUUUAUAUACAUCUUUAUAUAUAUGUAUACAUAUAUGUAUAUGUGA